AUGUUUAUCAUAAAACACUACAACAACAGCUGCCCUUGUUUGGGCUUUGCAGACGAUCACAUCUCAUCUGAUUCCAGCGACAACUACUGCAAGCGAACGCUCGAGAUGUCUCCCAAGCUUGCCACUGACCGCGAACAGAGUGAGAGCCAUUUGAAAAGACACAACUGUGAGUGGUCAAAAAUCCUCGUCAUUUUGGUUUUCAAUGUGGAGAAACCCAACAUUGAAACAAGACUACUCUGCAUCCUAAAGGCUCUGUGCGUGUACUUGAAUGAAGACCCCGAAGACCUGGUUAAGACCUACAUGGAUGCCGAUGUUGGAGCAGAGAAGGAGUUUGAGAAAGUAGUGCUGGGUGUCUACAUCGUGGAACAUCAACAUGCCGAUGCAUCAGACUCAUUGGAGGACUUUGGAAUAAUCAUCGAAGGCAUUGCAGUUCUUCAAGACCUAAAACAUAUUCCAACUGGAUGGGCGCUUCUUUUUGGAUUAAUCUACUGUCUGGACAUGAACUCUCGAAAGGGACUCGGAUGUACUUUUGAAUUUAUUCCAAAGGUAUUGAUGGAAUUGGACAGAAGAAAGCUCUCCAACAAAGUUCAAAUUCUGAAAAACAAACUGCACGAACAUAUCUAA